CCAACCGUUCAAAUUAAACGUCACAAGAUUCCCAAGGCAAAGAGACAGAGAGAUAUGGAACUACUCUAUCUUCUCUGCUCCCUACUUUCAACUUCCAUCACUUGUUUCUUCCUCUCCCUUCUCCUCCCUUUCCGCCUUCUCCUCCGCCACUUUGGCAUCCGUUUUGACGCUGGAGCAGACUCUGUUUCUCUCUACGAAGGCACUGUCUGGCACGAACGCCGUCGUCCCGUUCACCAUUCCUUCCGGUACCCGGUGCGCUACGCACUCAUUGACCUUGACCAUGCGCCUAAUAAUCCACCUGACCAUCUCUCAGCUCACGAAGCUCGCUCCAUUUCUGCCACCAACGGCCCCGUUCUCUUGUUGACAAUACCACCUAGUGUGGGAUAUGUGCAAAACCCGUUGAGUUUGUACUAUUGCUAUGAUAUUGAAGGCUCCUCGCAGAGUUUGGCGAAAUGCAUUGCUGAGGUGACUAACACCCCAUGGGGUGAAAGAGUAUCAUUUUUGUUCAAUCCAAAUUCAGAUGUAGUUGCCAAAGCCCUUCACGUUAGUCCCUUCAUGGAUAUGCUAGGUAACUGGACCAUGAAAACAAAUACCCCUGGCAAUAAUCUGUUUGUUACAAUUUCAGUAAAUCACCCGAAACAUGGUGACUAUUUCUCAGCUUCAUUGAUGGCCAAAAGAGUAUCUUCCUCCACACAUACUGAUAUUGCUUUAUUCUUCUGGCUAAUGCCUCACAAGGUUGCACUAUGGAUAUAUUGGCAGGCUCUCAAGCUUUGGUGGAAGGGUGUUCCUUUCUUGCAACAUCCAAGGUAUUACAACCCUAGAUACAGAGGAGAAGCCAUACUAUUUGAUGAAAAGCUUCAAUGCUGUCCAGCAUUUGUAUGUGAGACACAGAACAAUCAACAGGCUGAAGAGNAAUGCUGU